AUGGCAACUUGUGACUCUCCCCCUAUGGUGUCGUCACGGCAGCAGGAACAUGGUGGCCAGAGGCUGGACGCUGCUGCUGAGGACAACUCUGUCGUCACCAUGGAGACCAGUGUCGCCAACAGCAACAACGCCAACAACAACAACCAAUCGUCACCUUCCGCCAUUGGAGAGCCGGAGAAUGGCCUUGGACAGCCUGCUGUGAGCCCGCUGAGGUCCACUGCUACCCCCGCCAUUGUCAGUGCAACUACCGACCCUCUAACUGAGCAGAGUCGGCGAGAAAGCUUUACUACUGGUAACAAAGGGAGUGUUACCGGGACUUUACCAGGAGUAGGAGGAGGAGCAGUUUUGGGUUCGGACUGUUCUGCCCCAGCCACAUCUCCCGUGGUGCCGGCAAAGGAGAUCCCCUGCAACGAAUGUUCUAGUUCCUUCUCCAGUUUACAAAAAUACAUGGAGCACCACUGCCCCAAUGCUCGUCUGCCUACCACCGGAGGUCAUGAGGAUGGUGAGGAGGUUGAAGGGAUGGUAGGUGAGGAGAGUGAAGAUGAAGGAGAGCGUGAGGUGGGUGCUGUAGAAGUGGGGGAAAUGAACAGUGAGGUGGAGAUGGAAGACGAUAGUGAUGUGGAGAACCUGUGUGGUGAGAUCAUCUACCAGCCCGAUGGCUCUGCCUUCAUCCUGGAGGACUCCAAAGAGCAGCGUGGCAACCAGGGGGGGCUCUCUGGGGCUCUCCAAUUCAGGGGCCUGCUGUCCCCCCAGACCUUCCCCAGUGUCCAGGCCAGCAGUGGCCAGAGUGGCCUGAGCCCAGGGGGGGAGCGGUUGGAGCAGCCCGCUGCACCCAUGUCCUUCUACCCCCAGAUCAUCAACACCUUCCACAUCGCCUCAUCCCUGGGGAGUACAUCCCUAGCGGCUGACCACCCCUCCUUCCCAAAUACCUCAGCUGGAGGGCUGGUGGGCGCUGGUCCCGUGUUGCACAGUUUCCGUGUCUAUGACCUCCGCCACAAGAAUGACAAAGACUAUCUGACAGCGGAUGGUGCAGCCAAAAACUCCUGUGUGUCCAAAGAUGUCCCCAACAAUGUGGACUUGUCCAAGUUUGAGGGCUGCGUGGCCGAUGGGCGGCGGAAGCCUGUGCUGAUGUGUUUCCUGUGCAAGCUGUCUUUUGGCUACAGCCGUUCCUUCGUGACACAUGCUGUCCAUGACCACCGUAUGACCCUGAAUGAGCAGGAGCAGAAGCUAUUGAGCAACAAGCAUGUCUCUGCCAUCAUCCAGGGCAUCGGCAAGGACAAAGAACCUCUUAUAAGCUUUCUGGAACCAAAAAAAUCCCCCAACUCUGUGCUACCCCACUUUCCCACACCUGCCAAUUUCCUAGGGCCAGACACAGGGCUCCGCGGAUUGUGGAAUGCUUUCCACAGUAGUGGGGAGAAUGCAGAUUCCCUUCAGGCAGGAUUUGCCUUCCUGAAGGGCAGUGCCAGCAGCUCCUCCAAUGACCAAACCCCCAGAACCCAAAACAUGCCAAAGGCUGAGACCAACCCAAACCUCGGGGGAGGGGCUGGUGCCCACAGAACCCCCAGCGGGAGUUCUGCUGCUGCUGCCACUGGUGGUAACCUGGAAGGCCGGAACUCUGAUAGUGACUGCAAAGGCCAGGUUAGGGACACAUGCACUUUGCAACCCAAUGGGCCAGACCUGAGCCAGUACCCGCCCAUCAAGCGGGAGCCCGGUGCAGUGGGAGGAGAAAGUCCAGAGCAGGAUGAGGAUACCUACUCCAAUGGUGGUGGAGUAGAAAUGGAGGCAGAUGAGGAGGAGGAUCAGGCCAUGACCAUGGCGAUGACAGGCCAGCGGGCUGACGGCACCAGUAGCAAAGAUUUCCCUCUCUUAAACCAAAGUAUUUCCCCCCUUUCCAACAGUGUGCUAAAGUUUAACAGUGACAGCAAAGGCCCUGCAUCCACCUCCUCUUCCUCCCUGCCUGUGUUUGACAAGCUGGAAAUGGAGAAGAGCCGCCUGUCCACUGCCAGAGAGCGGGAGAGCAGCAACGACUCAACCAGUGAAGCCCUGGCAGGACGGGAUGGGUCAUCGCCAUCCACCCACCCCCUUGACAUGAUGAUGUUGCGCAGAGAUGAUGAGAGUCCUGGGCCUCUGCAUCAACACACAGGAAAUCCGAGUACGCCUGGAACUCCAGGGACACCUGGUACGCCUGGUCCAGGUGAAGGGUCCCCAGGUAGUGGGGUGGAGUGCCCCAAGUGUGACACGGUCUUGGGAUCAUCACGGUCUCUGGGAGGGCAUAUGACGAUGAUGCAUUCACGCAACUCCUGCAAGACGCUGAAAUGUCCCAAGUGUAACUGGCACUACAAGUACCAGCAGACGCUGGACGCCCACAUGAAGGAGAAACAUCCAGAGUCUGGUGGAUCAUGUGUGUACUGCCGCACAGGACAGCCUCACCCUCGUUUAGCCAGAGGCGAAAGCUAUACCUGUGGAUACAAGCCUUUCCGCUGUGAGGUAUGCAACUACUCAACCACCACCAAAGGCAACCUUAGCAUCCACAUGCAGUCAGACAAGCAUCUGAACAACGUACAAACACUCCAGAACGGUGGCAGUGAGGCACAAUACAACCACAACCAUACCAACCCUGUGCCCAGUGCCAGCCUUGGUGGAGGCUGCGGUGCACCCUCGCCAUCCAAACCCAAACAGAAGCCAACUUGGCGCUGUGAGGUAUGUGACUAUGAGACCAACGUGGCGCGGAACUUGCGAAUCCAUAUGACCAGUGAGAAACACAUGCACAACAUGAUGCUGCUGCAGCAGAACAUGAAGCAGAUCCAGCACAGCCUCCACCUGGGCCUGGCCCCAGCUGAGGCAGAGCUUUACCAGUACUACCUGGCUCAAAACAUGGGCCUGGCAGGUGUAAAACUGGAGAACCCCGCCGGCAGCAGCGGCCCAGAUGCCCAGAUGAUGAUUAAUCCAUUCCAGCUAGAUCCGGCUACCGCGGCUGCUCUUGGAUCUGGUCUAGUGAAUAGUGACCUAUCAGCUGAGUUGCGUCUUGCCAGUGGUCAACUGAUGGCAGACGACCUAUCCCUGGUGUCCUCGGCUGGAAUGGGGGGCAUGUCCUCGUCAGACCCCUCACUGUCCUCCUUGUCGCCACCCAUCAACGACCCCUCACUGCGCCUCUACCAGUGCGCCGUGUGCAACUGCUACUCUGCGGACAGCCUGGAAGCUCUCAACGCCCACGUCAAUGCCGAGCGCUCUUUGCCCGAAGAAGAGUGGCGUUGCGUAGUGGGUGACGUCUACCAGUGCAAGCUCUGCAGCUAUAACACGCAACUUAAGGCCAACUUUCAGCUGCACUGCAAGACAGACAAGCACAUGCAGAAGCACCAGCUGGUGGCCCACAUCAAGGAGGGAGGCAAGGCCAACCAGUGGAGAUUAAAGUGUGUGGCCAUUGGCAACCCGGUGCACCUCAAGUGCAACGCCUGUGACUACUACAGCAACAGCGUGGAUAAAUUGAGGCUACAUGCCACCAACCAGAGGCAUGAGGCUGCCAUUCGCCUCUACAAGCACUUGCAGAAGCUGGACAGUGCGUACAGCCCGGAGUCGUGUGUCUACUACUGCACACUGUGCGACUACUCCACUAAGGCCCGCCUCAACCUGGUGCAGCACGCUCGCUCAGCUCGCCACCAGCAGAAUGAAGGACUGAGGAAACUCCAGCUGCACCAGCAAGGCCUGGGAGGAGACGAGGAUGGCCUGAGCCUGCACGAGCUGUUCAACGUCAAGGAGUGCCUCUCCAGCCAAGAGACUGCAGAGGAUGGUGAGCGACCUCCUCGCUCUUCCUCCAGGCAUGGACUCAACCUCACUGACCGAGACUUGACUGACAGCAGGAGAAGUGACCGAGUGAAUGCCAUAUCCAAAGAGGUUACCGGACUGAAUGCUAUGGUUAAACAUUCCCUCCUGCCAGAUCGACAAAUAGAAAGCCCACCCAAAAGGCCAAAGUCUGCUGAGGGGAAGACCUCUGCCAAUGAUCAGGUUCAGCAGUGUCCAUAUUGCAACUACAGCAGUAAAGAUGCCAACCGUAUGCAGCUCCAUGUGAUGUCCCAGCAUUCCAUGCAGCCAGUGAUCCGCUGCCCUCUAUGCCAGGAUGUCCUGAGCAACAAGAUUCACCUGCAGCUGCAUCUCACACACCUUCACAGUGUGGCUCCUGACUGCGUGGAAAAGCUGAUUCUGACUGUUGUUGGACCUGACACAGCAACACCAAAUAAUAUAAUGCAUCCCCAAACUGGACAAGACAAAGGUCUAUCUCUAAUGGAUUCCACUACCUCUCUUUCUGAUGGGUCUGGAAAAUCUCAAGGAAACAUCUCAAAGGAUGAGCUGACCAGUCAAGAAAAGAUUGAAUUGGAUCCACAGGGUGAGGAACUCAAGCCCCCAAAGGAGGCCUCAGAGGCCCCUGACUGGAAGAGAGCCAGUGGGUUAGGACAUGAUAGCAAGUCCCCUGACACCCUACAGGACCAUCUCAGUGAGCUCCAAAGGCUCCAGCAGCAGCAACAGCAGCUCUCAGUAUCUGAUCGUCAUGUCUACAAGUAUCGUUGCAACCACUGCAGCCUGGCCUUCAAGACAAUGCAGAAGCUUCAGAUACAUUCCCAGUACCAUGCCAUCAGAGCAGCCACAAUGUGCAGCCUUUGCCAGCGCAGCUUCAGGACAUUCCUGGCCCUCAGGAAGCAUUUGGAAAAUGGACACCCUGAACUUACUGAAGCUGAAGUGCAGCAACUCAUAGGAAAUCUUCCAAUGAAUGGAGAUAUCACUGAGAGUGAGGCCAGGGCCUUGGAGGAAGCUCAGGCCUUCGAACAUGACUUGGACAAAGAUGAUGAAAUUGACCAGGAAGAGAGACCCAGUCCUACGGGAAGUGACAGCAGCUCUCUGCUCGAUGACAUGGGAGCAGAACCAAAACGGACCCUACCAUUUAGAAAAGGGCCCAACUUUACAAUGGAGAAAUUUUUGGACCCUUCUCGGCCUUACAAGUGCACAGUAUGUAAGGAGUCCUUCACCCAGAAGAACAUCUUACUAGUCCACUAUAAUUCAGUUUCCCACCUGCAUAAGUUGAAGAAGGUCCUUCAAGAAGCAUCAAGCCCAGUCCCACAAGAGGCAAGCAACAGCACUGACAACAAACCAUUCAAAUGCAAUAUUUGCAAUGUUGCCUACAGCCAAAGCUCAACACUUGAAAUUCACAUGAGGUCAGUACUCCACCAGACCAAAGCAAGAACAGCCAAAACUGAAAUGAGCAGCAGCAGCAGUGUCUCUGGCACGAGUGGUCCAGUACCUGCAAAAAGUCCAGCACCAAGCACACAAGGGAACAACAGUAACCCAGACACUGCUAGAAGUGGAACACCCUCUGCUAACAAAGAAAACACUGUGGAACCCAAAGAAGCUAACAGCGGCAACAAUACAAAACAAACAACUACUGACCAUGUUUCAGCACAGGCAAGCAGCCACCAGUCAGCGCAGUCCUCAGCCCAAUUGCAACUGCAGCUUCAACAUGAACUCCAGCAACAAGCCGCCUUCUUCCAGCCUCAGUUCCUUAAUCCAGCUUUUUUCCCCCAUUUUCCAAUGACCCCAGAAGCACUGCUGCAGUUUCAACAACCACAGUUCCUCUUCCCCUUCUAUAUCCCAGGAGCUGAGUUCAGCCUCAGCCCAGAACUUGCGCUGCACUCAGCAGCAGCUUUUGGAAUGCCUGGCCUUACUGGAUCAUUCCUAGAGGACCUGAAGCAGCAGAUGCAACAGCAGCACCAGCUGCAGCAGGCUCAGGCACAGCAACAGGCUCAGCAACAACAGCAGCAGCAGCAAGCCUCUCAGACACAGUCACAAAUUCAGCAACAGAAAAACCAGCAACUGCAGAAUCACAAAUCCAAAAUGGAGUCCAGCACUGUGUCAGUUUCAGAAAUUCAGAUGUCAAGAGAGGCAGAGGACCACUUAGAAAAACAAGAAAACAGAGCAAAGAUUGAAAAUGGAGGUGAUGCAUUAAGUGAUGGAGGAAAGGACAACAAGGACUCUAAAAAGUCAAAGUUCCCAGAGCCAUUGAUUCCCCCUCCACGUAUUGUGUCAGGAGCAAGGGGCAAUGCAGCCAAAGCACUGCUAGAGAACUUUGGAUUUGAAUUAGUCAUCCAGUACAAUGAAAACAGACAGAAAAACCAAAAGAAAAACAAAGACGGAGUUGAACAAGUGGAAAUGAACACGGACAAGCUUGAGUGUGGGAUGUGUGGAAAGCUUUUCUCCAAUAUGCUUAUUCUCAAGAGCCACCAGGAGCAUGUGCACAGCCACUUUUUCCCAUAUGUGGAGCUUGAAAAGUUUGCCCAGCAAUACAGAGAGGCCUAUGACAAACUCUAUCCAAUAAACCCUGCUUCACCUGAGACUCCACCACCACCACCACCACCACCACCUCCUCCUCCUCCGCCACCUCCUGCUCCAGCCCCAGUGACAGCUCCUCAGCCGCCUUCUACAUCAAUGACCAAGCCCCAAACCCCAGUACCCUCCCCAGUUCCUGUUCCCCAUCAGGCCCCACACCAACCCUCUCACCAGGCACCACCACCCCAGCCACCGCCCCCUCCUCCACCACCUUCUGCCCCUCCUGCACCUCCCCAAGUGCAGCUCCCUGUUCCCUUGGAUCUGCCCAUUUUCCCACCACUAAUGAUGCAGUCUGUCCAGCACCCAGGCUUGCCCCCUCAACUGGCCCUCCAGCUGCCCACUAUGGACUCUAUUUCCACAGACCUUACACAGCUCUGUCAGCAACAAUUGGGUCUUGAUCCAAACUUCCUCCGCCAGUCUCAGUUUAAGCGACCUCGCACUCGUAUCACUGAUGACCAGCUUAAGAUCCUCCGUGCCAACUUUGACAUCAACAACUCCCCCAAUGAAGAGCAAAUCCAGGAGAUGUCAGAGAAGUCUGGUUUGCCCCAAAAAGUCAUAAAGCACUGGUUCCGUAACACCCUCUUCAAAGAGAGGCAACGGAGUAAAGACUCUCCCUACAACUUUAAUAUUCCUCCCAUUACUACAUUGGAAGAUAUUCGAAUGGAGCCCCAGCUCAGUGCACAUGAAUACUACAGAACUGAGUCAGCCAUCAACAAGAGGUCCUCCAGGACCAGAUUCACUGAUUACCAAUUGAGGGUACUUCAAGAUUUCUUUGACACUAAUGCCUAUCCAAAGGAUGAUGAGAUUGAGCAGCUCUCCACCGUGCUCAACCUACCAACCCGAGUCAUAGUUGUGUGGUUCCAGAAUGCCCGCCAGAAAGCUCGCAAGACCUAUGAGAACCAGGCAGAUUCUAAAGACAAUGAGAAAAAAGAACUAACCAAUGAACGAUACAUCAGAACCAGCAACAUGCAGUACCAGUGUAAAAAGUGCAACAUUGUGUUCCCACGCAUCUUUGAUCUUAUCACUCACCAGAAAAAGCUGUGUUAUAAGGAUGAAGAUGAGGAAGGUAAUGAGGACAACAUCUGUGAGGAAUACACAGAUUCUGUUGAGCAAGGUCCGGCUAAGACUAUCCAGCUACCUUUAGAGCCACCUAAACAGUCCCAAACAGGAACUGCCACCAGUUCUGGCUCAAGCUCCCCUGUGAUGGCCUCUCCUCGUACCAGCAUGGGGAAAACCUCCCCCAAGCCAGACACUGGCCCUGAAACUGAAGUUAAACACACUGAGGCUGCCCCCUCACCAGUGAUCAAGUCACUACCAGAACCCAGACCAUCUAAGGCUUGCACACCUCAGCCACCUCCUCAGAAAGCUCCCCAGCCACAAAUGUCAAGACCCCAUUCCCAGCCACAGGCAGCCACAGUGCCAUCAAGUCCACUCUCUUUGGCCCUUUCCUCACUCACAAACAACCUUCCCCACCAGAUGCUUCAGUACCAGUGUGACCAGUGUAAGAUUGCAUUCCCCACUGUGGAGCUAUGGCAGGAGCACCAGCACAUGCAUUUCUUGGCUGCCCAAAACCAGUUCCUUCACUCUCAGUUUCUUGAAAGACCCAUUGAUAUGCCCUACAUGAUAUUCGACCCCAACAACCCUCUAAUGGCUAGCCAGCUGUUAUCUGGAGGCCUUUCUCAAAUCCCCUCUCAGGGUAGCUCUGGUUUGGCCUCUGCAGCAGGCUCUGGAGCAAUGAAAAGGAAACUUGAUGACAAGGAUGAAAGUGCUAACGAUAAAGAUGGUGGAAACAGUAGUGAAGAGCAACACAGAGAUAAACGUUUGAGAACCACCAUUACGCCAGAACAACUGGAGAUUCUCUAUGACAAAUACCUACUUGACUCUAACCCAACAAGGAAGAUGUUGGACCACAUUGCACGAGAAGUUGGCUUGAAAAAGAGAGUUGUGCAAGUUUGGUUCCAAAACACUCGUGCAAGAGAGAGAAAGGGGCAGUUUAGGGCUAUAGGGCCCUCCCAGUCCCACAAGAAAUGUCCCUUUUGCAGAGCACUGUUCAAGGCUAAAUCUGCUUUAGAUAGCCACAUACGAUCCAGACAUUGGCAUGAGGCUAAGCAGGCAGGCUUUAGCUUGCCACCAAGCCCAAUGAUGAAUCAAGACAAUGAAAGAGGAGAAAGCCCAAAUAAGUAUAAUUUCUUUGACUACCCACAGCUGCCUACCAAGACUGAGCCAAAUGAGUAUGAGCUGCCUGCUGCAUCCUCAACUCCACUCAAACCAUCUGAGGCACAAGUAAAAAACUUCUUAAGCCCUUCAUCCUUAAAAGCUGAAAACUGUGAUGAAACUGAAGGGCCCAAUAUUAAUUCAGCAGAAGCUUCAUCUUAUGAUCUCACUAAAAUGGACUUUGAUGAGACAUCAUCAAUUAAUACAGCCAUUAGUGAUGCUACAACUGGAGAUGAGGGUAAUAACAAUGAGGUUGAGAGCCUCACCGCCAAUGGAGGCGACAAGAUGAGUGACAACAAGAGUGGCCUUGUGCCAAAUUCUGAUGGUGGCAAUGAAAGGUUCCAAUUCAGCAUGGUGAGCCCUUCUCUCAGCUUCUCUGGAAAAGACUGUGACUCUUAUUUUAGUUCCAGAGAUGAUGAAAUGGAUGAAAACAAUGACAGGAGUGAAUCAUCAAGCCUAGCUGAUCCCAGUUCCCCUAGUCCCUUUGGGACAGGUAACCCUUUCAGCAAGUCUGGGAAAGGUAGCAAUUCUGGGGACAGGCCAGGCCACAAGCGAUUCAGGACUCAGAUGAGUAACCUGCAACUUAAAGUCCUCAAAGCCUGUUUUAGUGACUACCGCACUCCUACAAUGCAAGAGUGUGAGAUGCUGGGCAAUGAGAUUGGACUCCCCAAGCGUGUUGUCCAGGUUUGGUUCCAGAAUGCCCGAGCUAAAGAAAAGAAGUUCAAGAUUAACAUUGGAAAGCCAUUCAUGAUAAGUCAAGGCUCACCAGAGGGGCCCAGGCCUGAGUGUACUUUGUGUGGUGUAAAGUACACUGCCCGGAUGUCCGUCCGAGACCACAUUUUCUCCAGACAGCACAUCACCAAAGUGCAAGAAACCCUGGGUAACCAGGUGGAUAGAGAAAAGGACUACCUAGCACCGACCACUGUCCGUCAGCUGAUGGCCCAGCAAGAGCUGGAUCGUAUGAAGAAAGCUGGUGAGGGACUCAGCCUGCCUGGCCAGCAGCAACAGACUGCAGUGGACAACAAUAAUGCACUUCAUGGUCUCAGCCUACCCUCAGGCUACCCAGGGUUAUCUGGCCUUCCGCCGGUGCUACUUCCUGGGGUCAAUGGGCCAUCAUCACUUCCUGUUUUCCCACCCAACACACCUGCUUUAGCGUCUCCCGGUGCUGGCAUGCUUGGGUUCCCUACACCAGCCACCCCCUCUCCUGCCAUGUCUCUCAACACUACCCCAACCAAGACUCUUCUGCAGACUCCUCCUCCUCCUCCUCCACCUCCUCCUCCUCCUCCUGUUCCCUCCACACCUUUGGCAGCAGUAAAUCAUACAGAGCAGCAAGGCAAAGACUCAGAGAGAGACAGCAGCAAGAAACCAGGAGACAAGCCACCUCAGAUGAAGGUGAAGGAACGAGAGAACGAGA